AUGACAAGAAGACAGCAACAGCGACUCGUAAAAGAAUUAAUGAAAAUAUUCAACAAAGCAGACAGCAUUCCUGGAAAUAAUGGACGAUCUAUGAAGAUCCUCGAUAUUAUCCUCUUUUUCAACUUGUUUUUCUUUUCUUUCUUUCUUUCUUUCUUUCUUUCUUUAUAUCUAUCUAUCUAUCUAUCUAUCUAUCUCAGUCUAUCUAUCUAUCUAUCUAUCUAUCUAUCUAUCUCAGUCGGUUCUUCUAUCUAUCUAUCUAUCUAUCUAUCUAUCUAUCUAUCUAUCUAUCUCAGUCGGUUCUUCUAUCUAUCUAUCUAUCUCAAUCUUUUUAUAAACCUAUUUAUCUAUGUAUCUAAAUCUUUUUAUAAAUCUAUCUAUCUAUCUAUCUAUCUAUCUAUCUAUCUAUCUAUCUAUCUAUCUUAUUGUGAAACAAAGCCUCCUUCUUACUCAGAGAAACAAAGCCUCCUUCUUACUCAGAGAAACAAAGCCUCCUUCUUACUCGGAGAAACAAAGCCUCCUUCUUACUCAGUGAAACAAAGCCUCCUUCUUACUCAGAGAAACAAAGCUCCCUUCUUACUCAGAGAAACAAAGCCUUCCUCUUACUCAGAGAAACAAAGCCUUCUUCUUAGAGAAACAAAGCCUUCUUCUUACUCAGAGAAACAAAGCUUCCUUCUUACUCAGAGAAACAAAGCCUCCUUCUUACUCAGAGAAACAAAGCCUUCCUCUUACUCAGUGAAACAAAGCCUCCUUCUUACUCAGAGAAACAAAGCCUCCUUCUUACUCAGAGAAACAAAGCCUUCUUCUUACUCAGAGAAACAAAGCCUUCUUCUUACUCAGAGAAACAAAGCCUUCUUCUUACUCAGUGAAACAAAGCCUCCUUCUUUCUCAGAGAAACAAAGCCUCCUUUCUUACUCAGUGAAACAAAGCCUCCUUCUUACUCAGAGAAACAAAGCCUCCUUCUUAGAGAAACAAAGCCUUCUUCUUACUCAGAGAAACAAAGCCUUCCUCUUACUCAGUGAAACAAAGCCUCCUUCUUACUCAGAGAAACAAAGCCUCCUUCUUACUCAGAGAAACAAAGCCUUCUUCUUACUCAGAGAAACAAAGCCUCCUUCUUACUCAGUGAAACAAAGCAUCCUUCUUACUCAGAGAAACAAAGCCUUCUUCUUACUCAGAGAAACAAAGCCUUCUUCUUACUCAGAGAAAUAA